UCCGUUUUUAUUAUACUGCUCCUGUUACAAAACUUAAUCGAUACAACACGGUUGUCAUUUGCUUAAUAAUCUUAGCCUGGAUAGACAUACCACAAAAUGAAAGGAAGUAUCAUAAUAAUACUUGCCUUAAUAAAAUUGCAAGUUGCUUUUGGAGAAACUAUUUAUAAUUCACAACAGAUUAAGGAAAUAAUUAGAAAUGCCAGGCCUGGUCACAUGGAAUUGGACCCGAAAUUCCAACAUAUGUUUGACACUAAUUUUUUCAGGACUUACAAUGGGUCCAGGAUUGGUGGCGGCGGAUGGGAAGCAGAACCCUAUUCUAGACCUUAUCAAGUUGGUCUAUACGUUCCCACUACGACAGGCACUAGUUUUUGUGGGGGCAGUUUAAUAGGCCCUAAAACUAUUUUAACGGCCGCACAUUGCGUUAUGUCGUCAAACGGAAAUGCCAUACUGGUAUAUUUAGGAGCGCACAAUAUGCCACCACUACCAUCAGAAGGAGCUAUUUUAGAGUACAGUAUGCAGUUUGUAAUGCAUCCAGAUUUUGAAAUAAGUACCGUCCAAAAUGAUGUGGCUCUGGUCUAUCUUUUGACUCCUAUACAGGAAACAGAACGUAUAAAGUUCAUCCAACUAGCUGACGAUCCUUCGGUAAACUACUUGGGUAGAGAAGCUUCAGCCAGUGGUUGGGGAUUAGCUGGAGAUGACGCCACCUCUCAGUCUCCGGUGUUAAGAGAGGUAACUUCUACCAUUAUUAGCAAUGUAGCAUGCAGAAUGGCCUACAUGGGAAUAGUGAUCAGGAGUAAUAUCUGCUUAAAUGGCGAGGAGGGCAGGAGUACUUGUCGAGGCGAUUCUGGUGGUCCAUUGGUCAUCGAUAAUAAGCAAGUUGGUAUCGUCUCUUUUGGAACCUCGGCAGGUUGUGAAGUUGGCUGGCCGCCCGUUUUUGCAAGAGUGACAUCUUACAUCGAUUGGAUAAAUGAAAAUAGAGAACCACCUUCCCUCAAGGCUGCCAUGGAAUACAAACUUUAAUACGAACAAUUAUGUAAAGAGUUUUAUUUAGUAUGUAAAUAAACAACUUAUCCUAUC